AUGUCCAACGUUACUGUAGCGUCCAUCAAGAGAGUGUCUGCGAAGACGCUCUCUGAGAAGAUCCUGGCAGAGCAAGAACAGGCAGAAUCCAGUUUCGCCGUGAUCGAUGUUCGAGAUGUCGACUACAUCGGCGGCCACAUCAAGGGCUCAACAAACAUCCCCUGCAACCAAAUCGACGCCCUCAUGCCCACCCUCGUGCGCAAAGUCAAGGACAAGAAGACGGUCAUCUUCCACUGCGCGCUGAGCCAGCAGCGGGGCCCCUUUGCGGCGCUCAAGUACCUGCGCGAGAGGGACGGGCAGCUGGCGGCCGUGGGCGAGGCGCCGCCGGCGGAGCAGGAGGUGUAUCUGCUGGAGCGAGGGUUUACGGGGUGGCAGGAGGAUUAUGGCGAGGACGAGAGGCUGACGGAGGGGUUUCGGAGGGAGAUUUGGAGGUGA